AUGUUCUCUGUCAUGCUGAUGGACGCUUAUCGUGACGAACGUCCCGGGAUCCGCAUUGCCUACAGGAUGGACGGCCAACUCUUUAAUCAGCGGCGGAUGCACUUCCAGUCGCGUGUAUCCGCAACUUCCGUCCAUAAACUUCUCUUCGCUGCCGUCUGUGACAACUUUCGUCUAAUCGUCAACACGGAGAAGACGAUGGUUAUGCAUCAACUGCCACCCCACGCUGCCUACAUCCCACCCCAAAUCAACGUGAACGGCACCCAACUGCAAGCCAUGGAAAGUUUAACCUAA